AUGCUAUAUGGAAUGGGUCACCCACUGAAGCACAUGUUUGCAAUGGGGGAUGCCCGUGAAUCUCACUUCAGUUUGUGGGCUGAACGCCAAGAAUUGGAACUGGCCCAAGAAAAAGGGAAAGCCCAAAAAACUCUAUUGCAAGAAUCAAAAUUUGAGGGGCCAGAAGCCCUUCAGGUUGACUAUGAGGAAUGGAGGUAUUGCGCCGGCUACCGCAACAUCAUCCCUUUUCUUCAAGAAGUCAGAAUGUUGAUUGAAUGUGGGCAUCAGUACCACCCGAAAAUUGCUUACCAUUCGCGGAGGAGCCACUUCGCUGCCGGUUUCCGGGUUGCCGUUCCGUCUACAUCAGCGACGACGCCAUAG